AUGCCGCCCGCCGCCAGCCAGAAGGGCACGGGCAAGAAGAAUGCCGCCGCCAUCGGCAAGCGCAGCCGCAACACCACCCCCAUGUCCAGCAUCCCCUCCGCGAGCAUCCCCUCCGCGAGCAUCCCCUCCGCGAGCAUCCCGCCCGUCGACACCAUCGAGACCGAGUUCCUCGACCUCCGCCUCGAGUCCGUCCGCAGCAUCACCUACGAGGACCUCGUCGACUCCACCGCCUCCAAUGCCGUCAUCCCCGACUCCAAGAGCCUCGACGGCCUCAUCACCCGUCUCGGGAAGCUGAGCGAGAUCAUCGAGCGCCGCGGCGUCUGGUGCGAUAAGGGCAUGCGCCUCGUCGCCGGUCAGAGGAAGAGCCAUUACGACGAGAUGGCCGCCAGCGGCCGCCGAGACGACCCGCGCAGGGACGGCGACGACGAGCCCGAGAAGCGCGUCAACAAGAAGAAGAGGAAGGCAAACGACACGCUAGCCCCGGCCGACGCACACACCGAACGCUCCUCUCCGCUACGUGACCCCACCAAGCCUCGAAAGGUAUCUCGCGACAACGACUCGGCCAGCUCCUCCCUCUCCCCGGUCGCGCCCGCGACCCCGAGUGCGAUGGAGGUGGACGAGAAAGCAAAGGCCGACAACAAGCCCGACGAGAUUUCCGAGUCCGAAGACGAGGGCGCACCUCCGCGCCGCGAGGCCCCCCAAUACCAGACCUUCGGAGAGGACCCUUCCACCUUCCCCGACCCCACCGUCUACGAGAUACGCCCUGUGAAGCCCGGCAUGACCCAGGAGGAGCUGAGCGAACUCUACUCGGUCGCCGUCUUCCCCAAAACCGACCUCGCCGAUCUCAUAGCUGGCGACCCGCCCGACAAGGACUUCAGCAGUGCCAAGCCCUCCAACCAGAUCAGCUUCAGCACCUUCUCCUCCUAUAUCGAGCCGUACUUUCGCCCAUUCACCGAAGAGGACAUGGCGUUCCUGCGGGAGCGCGGUGACCGCGUGGCCCCUUUUAUCAUGCCCAAGCGCGGGAAGAAGCAUUACGCCGAGCUCUGGGCGGCGGAAGACGGGCCAGCGGCGGGUGACAACGGCUUGCCUGGCGGGGAUAAGCUGGCGCCGAAUCUGGCUCGCGGUACGAUUGAUAACAUGGACGACGACGUCGCCGAGACGGACAAGCUGUCAGUGGGCCCCGUCCUGUCACGCUUGCUCCAGGCCAUGCGGCCCGAGGCCCGAGCUCAGCCCAGUGAAGAUAAGCCGAUGACCAACGGGAUCAACGGCGACGCCGAGACUAAGGAGGAGGCUAACGGCGACUCCGGCUCCGGUGGGGGCGGCGGCGGCGGCGAAGAGUCGAAGAGCGUGCCGCCGGCCGCCUUCAUGACGGAAUCGUCGACCGAGGCCUGGAAGAAGGCGACGCACCCCAAGCUGGAUUACUCGCAAGUGGACGAGCGGAUCAAGCAGGAGCUACGGCACAUCGGCUUCCUGCCUCAGGAAGGUUUCGACGGCGACUACGACGGCCACUUCGACGACGAGGUCGCGGCCCGGCUGCGGCUCCUGCAGGACCGGCUACGCGAGCAGAUCCUAGUCAACGGCGCGCGCAAGGCGCGGCUCACGGACCUGGUCAAGGAGCGGAUGGCCUACCAGGAAUACCAGACCAUCCUCGAGGACCUCGACUCGCAGGUGCAGGGGGCGUACCUGAAGCGGACGCGGACGAUGGGCAAGAGCAAGAAGUCGAAGCGGCCCGGCGGCGGAGGGGGCGGCGCGCACGCGGCGGGAGGCGGCGGCGCGGCCGGUACGGCGCGGCCGGGCAUCGGCGACGUGACCAAGACGCUGAUGGACCGGCGGCGGAAGUGGAUAGACAACAUCGGCCCCGUCUUCGACGACCCCAACCUCGGCAAGGUGCCGCGCGCGGCCAACUCCGGCAGCUCCAUCUUCAAGCCCGACAUGAUGGCCAACUUGGUCAAGAACGAGCGCCAGUCCUGGGACGAGGAGGUCGAGGAGGAGUGA